GUUCACCUUUUCUAGCCAAUGAAGAUGGUGUACUCGGAGGUGUGAUAGUUCUUCGGUCUUGCAGGUGUUCAGCAGAGCCUGAAUCAUCACAGGAAAAGCCAACUUUACUAGUGGAAUUUCUGUGGAGCCAUACAACAGAGAGCAUGUGUGUAGGAUAUAUGUCUGCACAGGAUGGCAAAGCCAAGACUCACAUUUCAAGACUUCCUCCUGGAGCCGUGGCAGGACAGUCUGUGGCGAUAGAAGGAGGAGUUUGCCGGCUGGAGAGUCCAGAAAGCUAAACAGCUGAUUCCUCACUUCAUUGCAAAGAAUGUGAAUGACUUUUUGUACAAUAAGUUUUUUGUGUUUUAACAGAUGUUGGAAAUUCUACUCUUGUUUUAUAUCCUGUCUUGCAACCAUGUGCACCAUAACUUGAGACAAGUGCUGCUGUAGUUUAUGUUCUCACUCUGUGAAUGGGGGUGUCUGCAUGUUCAUUUUUUCCCUAACAAAAUAGGAACUCUUCCCAGUUGUGUGAAGAUUAUGUGUGGUUAAUGAUUGCGUUUUCAUUGUUUUAUGUUUGAAAAAUAACUGAAAGUUCAAAAAAAAAAAAAAUUUUAAAGAUAUGGUCACAAUUGUCAUUCAUGUUCUAAAUUUACAAGUAACAGGCCUUUGAAGUGGCUAUAUACUUAUGCAAAAAUUAUUAUGGUUUCUAAGUUUCUCAGUGGUUUAAGGAAAUCCAGUGGUCGUUUAAACAUGGGUUGGUUUUUUCCUCCCCAAUAAGGAGGAAUUUUUUUGUCAAAGAAUGGUUUCAGUGAAACAAACUAGAGCAAAAUUAAGGCUAGAAUUGUUUUUAAAUAGUCUUAUAAGUCAUAUCUCUGUUCCCAAACUAAGAUGUUAAUAGCUUCAAGCUCUAUGUAUUACAAAAAGCUAUAUGAAGAUAAUGUAUUGUAACGCAGUCUUUAUGUAUAAUGGAAUAUUACAAUGUAAAUAAGAAAACAAAGUUUAUGGAAAGAUUCGAUAUUAUUCUUCGCUUCUGUUUUAAAUCUAUUUUUGAGAGGUACAGAAAUUGAACAUAUUACUGGAUGCGAAGUGCAAUGUGUAUUAAAUGGAUGUUGGGAGGUCUGAUGCUAGCUUUCGUAUUGACAAAGCAACUUCCUGAAGUCCAGCCACAGCAUGGCUAUUUAUAUAACUGUGUUUAAUAUGUAUUACCGUGCAUAAAUUUACUGUAAUUCUUUUUAUACCUUCAACAAAACUGCAUUCUAAAACAGUGUAAUCCUUGUCUGCCUUGUGAAGCAUUGGCAGCUGAACUGUCGUUUGUCACCAGUUCUAAUAUGUUAGCCAGAUCACCUGAGUCCUAAAAAUGAGUUCUGACAUACAAUCUUCAGUACUUUUUUCUUCACAGCACUGGCAGCAAUAGAAGACUUUUGUAAUUAAUUCAUUGUCCUGAUAAGUAUGCCAAAGAGAAACUAAAAUAGUUCAUCUUUUUCCCUGGUGGAUAUUUGAUAAUUUUGUUUUCAGAAAUAGUGGAUGAAUAGAUAUUCGGACUGUAUUCGCUUAAGCGGGCAUUGUACUUGCCUGUUUUGUAAUGUUGUGCCUGCCUAUAACAGACAUACUUGACUGAUUAAAUGGUUACAUUGAUUGUAGUACCAAUCUUUCAUGGAUAAAAAUCUUAAUAAAUUUUUUUAAUAGCCUGAGUUAAUUUUCACUCUUAUGUUACAAUGUACAUUAAGAUA